UACAGACUUUUUACAGAAGUUUAGUUUUUUUCUGACCAGCUUUUUCUCAUUUUAUCGUUAAACCUGAAAUCGAUCAAUAUGUCUGGAGUCAGUAGUGAUCAGCUGCACAAAUCAACUUUAACUGUCUAUUCGAACUUGAUGGAGCACUUCAACCCAGGCCUUCAGAAGCUCGUUGCUCUUGGAAACAGCUACAUCAAGGCCUUUCAGGCCUUAGGCGUUUGCAGUGAGGCCUAUUUCAGCGCUGUGGCUAAGAUGGGCGACCAGGCACUUCACACACUUUCAUCUCGCUCCCUUGGGGAUGUCCUGAUCCAGAUUUCAGAAACACAGAGGAGGCUCACUGCAGAGAUGGAGGGAGUGUUUCGAUGGUUCCAGAUAGAAGUGUUGCAAGCAAUGGAGAAGAAUAUCAAGUUGGAUGAGGAGUAUAUUGAUGGCAGUCGCAGAGUGUACGAGCUGGAAGUAAGAAACCAAGCAGAGGCUUUGGAGAAGCAGCUCAGACGGGGAACCUACAGAGACUCUUUGGAGAACAGUGAAUACAUGCUGUACCUGCGGCAGAGCCAUCAGGAGAUCUUAAAGGAGGAGGAGAGGAGGUAUCGCUUCUUGGCAGAGAAACACUGUGGCCUCACUCAGUCACUGCUGUUCCUAAUUAACAAGACUGGUGCAUCUCUCCAGCAGAAGGCAGACGGAUGGAAGGAGAAAGUGAACGACACCAGAGUCUCCAGAUCUCGAACACCCACCCAUUCAGACCAAGAGGCACAGCUGCGAGGUUCAGUGAGCUCCCUGCUGCAGACGGUAGCUAGAGAUGAGGAUAUGUCCUGGGCCAGGCGGGAGCAGCAGGCACUGGGCAGAGUCCCUUCUAGAGCACCGUCUCCCCUCCCCAGCCGCUCUCGCUCCAGUUCAGUGGGGGAAUCUUUAGGCCUGGGAGGAGGGAGAGUCAUGAGAGCGCUGGUUUCUCAUCCCUCCUCAUCCAACCCAAAGCUCCUGCCUUUCAACAGGGGCGAGACUGUUAUCGUCCUGGUCCAGGAGCCACGCAACGGGUGGCUGUAUGGGCGCACUGACAGCAGCCUGCGUCAAGGCUGGUUCCCUGCUGCGUACGUGGCCCCUAUUGAGGAUUUCUCCAAUAAUUUAGCAACAAGUGGCAGUUCUCUAAGAAGUCACAGUAUGAACAAUCUGAAUGACAGUGACACCUACACCGACCAGUCAGAGAGCAAGAGUUUCGGAGACGUCCCACCCCCGGCCACACCCAAUCGUAGAGCCUCCGUGGACUUCAGGCCUAUCUCUCCACUCCCUGAGAAGAAGGGAGAAGAGGCGUUGGAGACGAAGCCGAGUCAAACAAGGAGCUACAAUGAACAUCCACUUCCUCCCCCACCGCCUCCCCCUCCACCAAUUCAGAGUGCAAGGAGGAGUUCAGGAGAUUUUCGGCCCAUCUCUCCCCUACCUGACAGAAAGGGUGGAUCAGCAUCUGACGUCCAGGCAUUAUCACCACAUGGACCCCCUGAAAACCCACUGUUUCCCAGAGGCACAAACCCAUUCGCCACGGUAAAGCUUCGUCCCACGACGACCAAUGACAGAUCUGCUCCUCAGAUCCAUUAAUCCAUCGGCACUCGUGCAUGCAGGGUUUGUUACUGAUGCUGUGAGAUCAGGUUGUGGAGGCAGGACAUACAUUUUUGUUAGUGAAUGACGUGACAUGUCUGAAAUGUGAAUGCUCUGAGCGAAAUGGCCAGAAGGUUUGUACCGUUUUAAGAUAACGUAUCUCCCAUACCAAAGAAGAUACUGUAAUACACAUCGAUUAAUCAAAUAUUAAAACCAUUAAGUUGAUCAUUAAUUCAGACAGGCCACAAAGACAAGCUGAGCUGAGCAGUCUCAGCCCACAUGAGCUCAUCGACAUCCCUUUCAUAAUUUUAUAUAAGGAACACUGAUUAACCUUUGAGUGACUAAUUUUUAGUUGUAAAAACUUCCUACUAUGAACUUAUCAAUCCACAGUUAUGGUAAAUUGUAAGGUUUUAUAUAUCAGGACAGAGUAAAACUAAUCUGGACCUUUCUAGGUUUUAAAACUAGCUAAAUACAGACCAGUUGAACUGCAAAACAUGACAUAUUACACUGUGUCAUAAUUUCUUUAACAAAAAUUAAGCAAAGCUACAGAAAAAUGUGAAAAACUAAGCACACAGGUACUUUAAUUAAGAGAGUAUGUAGCAGCUAGUCGCUGCUGGUCAGAUUGACUUGAUUAACUAAUCAUCAGCUGGUGUGACCACCACUAUAUAAGCAGAAUACAAUGCCACAAACCUCUUAGGAGGGGAUGCCCCAGGAAAUUCACCCCAAAGUCAGACUUUGCAGAGCUCACACAAUUACCAAAAAGCACAGAGCUACAUCUACGAGCCUCAGUUAGCAUGCUAAAUUGUAAAGUUCUUGACAGUACAAUCAGAAAAACACUGGACAGAUAUGGCUUAUAUAGAAGGGUUGCCAGAAGAAAGCCUCUUCUCUAAAAAUAAAAUAUUGCAGCAGAGCUUAGAUAUGCAAAGUUACAUCUGCACAAGACUCAAGACUUUGGGAACAACGAGUGGAGGUGGUUGACCAUAAUGCACAGCAGCAGGUUUGGAGAAAACCAAACAGCAUAUCGACACAAAACCCUCCUACCAACGGCACAGUGGCGACGGAGCGAUGCUUUGGGCUUGUUUUGCAGCCACAGGACCUGGAAACCUUACAGUCAACCUUGAAUUCCUCAGUCAAAGCACAGACCUCAACCCAAAAUUCUGCGAUCGGACCUUCAGAGAACUAUGCAUAAAUUAAAGCUCACAAAUCUCAAUAAACUCAGGCAGCGUUACAAAGAAGAGUGGAUCAAAGUUCCUCCACAACAAUGUUGGCUGAUAAUGUCGCACAAUUACUUCACGAUAUUGCUGCUAAAGGUGGUUCUAUGGAAUCAUGUGAUGUGCUUUGUUUUCAGACA